AUGGCCUCGGGCAUUAUGCGCAAGCACGUAGUACGUCUGGACGAAGAUCGAAGGACACCGCGCAAAUCACGAAGUCGUCGGGUUGGACCACGGCUUAAACGACGAACUGGAGCUGGGGGGCCAGAAAGCACUGCUAAAGAGAACUCUAAUGUUGUCGAUGGGGUAAUUCUGGAUUAG